GAAAGAAGAAAAAAAAAAAAAAAAAAAAAAAUGAGCCUCCGGGCAAUAAAUUCCAUGUUCCUUUUAAUUACCCAAAAUUAUCGGCAUUUCCUCUUCUUCCACCUCCACCGUGUCGCUUCAUUCUCCGAUUAUCAUCUUCUCGGAGCUUCACAUUAGCAUCAUCAACCUAAUAUCUCCGGUAUCUCAAUUAUCAUUUUUUUUCUUCUUAUUUUUAGUUUCCAUUAUCAUCAGGUACGUUUCAAUAUUUUUACUCACGUCUCAUUCUUUUUCUCUCUGAUCUACAAUAUUACCCCUAUACUUCCUGAUCUGUACACUAAAUAAAGAAACUAUGAAUUCAAAUUACGGGAAAUCAGGUAGUAAUAGUUUCGAUUUUGAUCUGGGUUUGAACUCUGGUCGAUCAUCAUCUCGAUCUCUCAACGAUCAGAAGAAUAAAACAUCAUCGUAUUCUUCUUCAUAUUCUCAAUCAAAACCUAAUUCUGGAUCUUCAUGGACUCAACCCAACAACAGCAAAUCAACAUGGACCCAUCAACCAAUCGGGUCGUCUUUAUCCGGCCCGAAUUCAAUGGCUGGUGAUAUAUUUGGUAAGACUUGGGGAUCUUCAGCUACUCCUUCAACCACUACCAAUUUAGCUUCAACUGUUGGUAUUCCUAAUAAAAACCCUAAUUUGUUUGGUGAUUUGGUUAGCUCUGCAUUGGGAGGUGGAAAUAAUAAGAGUAAUAGUAAUGUUCCCUUAAAAAAUGCUGCCCCAACUGCGAAUAAGACCGCGUUUUCGAUGGGUGGUAUGGCUGAUAAUCUGCCAAAGAGUGGCAAUUCUGUGAAAACUGGUGGUUAUAAUGUUAAUAGUUAUAGUGGUAGUGUUAAUCUGAGUGGUGGUAAUAGUAAAAGCACUAAUCUUGGAGGUACACCGUUGAAAAAUAUGGCUGGAAGUGGAGUUGGAGUUGGAGGGAUGGGUGUUAAUAAGGAUCCGUUUGGUUCGCUCGUUGAUUUUUCGACUAAGCCUGGGAAUAAUAUGAAGUCGAGUAGUAGUAAAGAAACUAAGAAGAAUAGUUCAGGUGAUAAUGUGUUUGGGGAUUUCCAAAAUGCGGCGAAAUCAGGUGGAUCAGUAUUUCCAUCUGAUCCGUUUGCUGCGAGUAAUGUUAAUGCUUCAACAGGGUCGAAUUCGGGUGGUGCUUAUGCGAAAGUAGAUGAUUUUGGAUUCACUAGUGCUCCGAGUCAACAAUCUGCUACUCAGUCUUCGGGUGUGGGUGAUUUUGGAUUCACUAAUACUCAGACUCAACCUUCUGCCACUCAGUCUUCGGGUGUGGGUGAUUUUGAUUCGCUUUUUGCAUCAACUACUGCUUCAUCUGGGGGUGAGAACCAGCAGUUUACAGGGGGUGAUGAUUGGGGGUUUGAAUCGGAGUUUGUGGGUGCUGACGAUAGCAGUGGGACAACUGAACUUGAAGGGCUUCCACCACCGCCUUCCGGUGUCAGUGCAUCCGCAGCGAAGAACAAAGGAAUGGAUAACCACAAGCAGGGACAGUAUGCUGAUGCCAUAAAAUGGUUGUCGUGGGCAGUCGUUCUUCUUGAGAAGGCCGGUGAUGAAGCUGGUGUAACGGAGGUUCUUUCAAGUAGGGCUUCAUGUUACAAAGAAGUAGGAGAAUACAAGAAGGCUGUGGCUGACUGUACCAAGGUGCUAGAACAAGAUAGCACGAACGUUUCCGUCCUUGUGCAGCGUGCUCUGUUGUAUGAGAGUAUGGAGAAGUACAAGCUUGGGGCGGAAGACCUCAGAACUGUUAUGAAAAUUGAUCCCGGUAAUAGGGUGGCAAGAAGUACCGUACACCGCUUGACUAAGAUGGCUGGCUAAGAUGCUUUUUGACAAUAGUUCUCUUAGCUUUUACUAGCACAGAUGAUUUGAGAACUCCCCUUGUCAUACAAAUUCUAGGGAACUUUUACGUAGAAAUUCUUCCCACAUAUUCUGGUUCUUGUUUUGUGAUCUAUUGUAUUUUAAUCAUAUUGUUGUUUGCCUCUGUGAACUUCCAUUAUAAUAUCUUGAAAUUGCUUUGUACUGGAAAAUUUGAACUGCUGCAAUAAUUCAUUUGACGUGUUCUCAUGCUUUUGGUCAA